AGCGCGAGCCUCCCGCCGGCCUCCAUGGAGCCGUGCGGGAUCGUCAAGGCCUUCCCCAAGAGGAAGAAGGGCAGGCAUGAGGCGGGCAGGAGCGCCCCGGCCAAGGUGGCCAAGGAGGAGGGCGCAGGGCCGCCCCGGGCAGGGUGGCUGAAGCCCGUCACCGCCUACGUGCUGCGAGCCGGCAUCGGCCAGGCCAGGGCCGACAUCUUCCGCAGGCAGAUCGUGCAGAACGGCGGCCGCGUCCUCGGCCAGCUCGGCGCGGAGGCGACGCACGUCGUGGUGGCCGAAGACAUGGACUGCGAUCGGGCCUUCCGGCUCCUGAGGUUGCCCAGGCUCCCGCCGGGGCUGCAGCUGGUGAAGGCGUCCUGGCUCAGCGCUUGCAUUAGAGACCAGAAGCUGCUGAGCACCAAGGGCUACUGCAUCCUUGUCCCACACAGGUACCUGGCGGAGGGAGAGCUGCAGAAGCAGCGGCAGCAGGAGCUCCUGGCUGGCCAAGAGGUUCAGCCCCAGGCAGGGCAGGAAGCUGUGAAGCCAAAGGCUGAAGCACCCGYGGGGGAUUCCUUGCCUCAAACCCAGGAUGUCCUUGGGCAGCAGGAGCCAACUGAGAAAGACUCUGAUGAUGAAGACAGCGAAGGAGAAGAUGCUUUUGUGACCCAGGGAGAUCUGGAAGCACUAAUUUCUGGCUGCUACCCUCUAAAAUCAUCGGAGGAGACCAGUGACAGCUCUUCCACAGUGGCCCAGCCUGUCAGCAAGUGGGUUUGUGCUCAGUCCUCCAAGAGCAAGAAGGAGAAUCACAAUGAGUGCAUCACAGAGAAGCUGGAAGUGCUGGCAAAGGCCUAUUCUGUCCAGGGCGACAAGUGGAGGUCUCUGGGCUACUCCAAAGCCAUCAAUGCACUCAAGAGCUACCACAAACCAGUCACCUCCUAUCAGGAAGCCUGUAAAAUUCCUGGGAUUGGGAAGCGGAUGGCAGAGAAGAUUUUGGAGAUCUUGGAGAGUGGACAUUUGCGCAAGCUGGAUCACAUCAGCGAGAACGUGCCUGUGCUGGAGUUGUUCUCCAACAUUUGGGGAGCAGGGGUCAAGACAGCCCAGAUGUGGUACCAGCAAGGUUUCCGGACGCUGGACGAUAUCCGCGCCAGGGCGUCCCUCACCAGCCAGCAGGCCGUGGGGCUGAAGCACUAUGAGGAUUUCCUGGAGCGCAUGUCUCGAGAGGAAGCCGCCGAAAUAGAGCGCACUGUCAGACAAGCGGCCCUGGCGCUGAASCCCGGGCUGGUGUGCGUGGCCUGCGGCUCGUACCGCCGGGGCAAGGCCACGUGUGGAGACGUGGAUGUGCUGGUGACRCACCCCGACGGGCGCUCUCACCGCGGCGUCUUCAGCAAGCUGCUCGACAGCCUCCGCAGGAGCGGCUUCCUCACCGACGACUUGGUGACCCAGGAGGACAACGGCGAGCAGAAGAAGUACCUGGGCGUGUGUCGCCUCCCGGGGCCGGGCCAGCGUCACCGGCGCCUCGACAUCAUCGUGGUGCCUUACGGCGAGUUCGCCUGYGCCCUGCUCUACUUCACCGGCUCGGCCCACUUCAACCGCUCCAUGCGGGCCCUGGCCAAGACCAAGGGCAUGAGCCUGUCGGAGCACUCCCUGUGCUCGGAGGUGCCGCGCGGCCCCGGUGGCAUCAAGGUGGGCUCCGGCCGCGUGCUGCCCACCCCCACCGAACGGGAYGUCUUUGUCCAGCUGGGGCUGCCCUACCGGGAGCCCUCUGAGCGGGACUGGUGACGCUCUCGUCGCCAGCGCCCUGUGCCUGCUGCUGUGAAGGAUGUGAGGGCCCUGGGGCUGCGCCGUGGUGACUGGGGGUGCCCACCCUGAAUGUCCCCGUUCCCCAAAAAGGGGCUGUGCAGCCCGGCUGUGGCA